AUGUUUGAUAUCAAUUUUCCUAUUUUUGCCAAAGAUGCUGUUAUACGACAACAUGAUGACGAUAAUGAAUUACCAGCUGUUUGGAAAUUUUUAAAAAAAGCUGAACCACCAUCAUGGAAUUUUUGGAAAUAUUUAAUUGAUCCAAAUGGUAAAGUUAUUAAAGCAUAUGGAUCAAACAUGCAUAUUCGUCAAGUUUAUCCCGAUAUACAAAAAUUACUUGUUAAACAUAAAUUAAUUGAUCAAUCAGAAUUAUAA